UUUUGGAUAUUUAGUGGUAAUCAAAUUACGCAGUGUACAGAUUUGUGUUUCUUCAAAUCAGUGGAGAAAUGUUGAUUUUUAUUGCUUACUUUUUCUCCUAUAACAAUAGUUCUGUAUCAGUUUUCCAUCUAUAAAUUAUUAUUGAAUAUCCUGUCCCUAGCCUAAGCUAAUGGUGAAAAAAAUAAAAAGCUGCGACUGCUUUUCUCAUCUUGCAGAAUGAUUUUCCUCUAUAGAGAUGGAGGAGGGAUUUAAAGGGGAAGGCAAACUAAAUUCAGAGAGCUCAUUAAGAACUUAAGUUAUAUUGAUGCACAAUUCCAAAGUUACAAGCAGAUCUAUCUGUGGUAUCAGGUCCCACAUUACCUAUACUUAAUAGUUUUUAUAAGCAGGAUAUCUGGUAGGACAAUAAAUGCAAAGAAACGUACAUGGGGAAAGAUAAAUUCACUGCAUCUUCAAAACAUUUGAAAUGACUAGUGAGAGACAAUAUAUGGCAAAGGAUAAUAAUAUCAUAUGCAAAUAAAACAUUCAAAACAUUCUGAAAGACGGUGUAAACAUUCUAAAUUCUGUUGGAUUUUCAAGAAAAUCUUCUCUGAUUGGCCACAUGAUUCUGACUUAAUUGAAACCUUCUGUAUGGCAAGAAGCAUUCUGGGACUUUGGCAUUUCCCCAAGAAUCCCCAGAAUGUUAGUUUUUUAGCCUCUCUCUCUCUCUCUCUCUCGCUCCUCUUGCUCUCUGUUUUCCCUCAUCCAGUGGUGUCUUACAUCAGCUCACUGUGCCUGAGAGUGAGAUCUGAAAGAGAACUUCGGAGAGAAACAAAAGGACUUGUUUUCGUCCUCCUGAUAAGACAUACAUUACUUGGAAUUAAGAAAUCCUUGGAAAAAUGGUUUGAAAACAGCAACCCAAGCAGAAUGAACGUCCCAUCUCCGCCUGAGAUGAAGCAGCUUUGGAAGAUGCUCUUUCCGCUCCUUAUCCUGCUUUACCUAUCGGGAGCUGUCAAGUCUCAAGUAAAUCCAGGUGUGUGUCGGUCCCCAUUGGGAAUGUCCAGAGGCCAGAUCUUAGAUGAAGAUAUUUCAGCGUCCAGUCAGUGGUCUGAUUCCACAGCAGCAAAAUAUGGCAGGCUGGACUGUGAGGAAGGAGAUGGUGCGUGGUGUCCUGAAAUAGCAGGAGAACCUGAGAAUAUAAAUGAGUUCCUGCAGAUAGACCUUCGUUCUCUGCACUUCAUCACUCUGGUGGGCACUCAAGGACGUCACGCGGGGGGCAUUGGGAAUGAAUUUGCCCAGACAUACAAGAUCAAAUACAGCCGUGAUGGCAGCCGCUGGAUCUCCUGGCGUAACAGGCAGGGCAAAGAGGUGAUCCAGGCAAACAGGAAUGCCUAUGACAUUGUGUUGAAGGACCUGGAGCCACCCAUUAUUGCACGUUUCGUCCGCUUCAUGCCCGUCAUUGAUCACUCCAUGAAUGUUUGUAUGCGUGUGGAACUGUACGGCUGUGAGUGGCUGGAUGGCUUGGUCUCAUAUAAUUCUCCACUUGGCCAGAAGAUGACUCUCAAUGCACAGUAUAUUUAUCUCAAUGACUCUGUGUAUGAUGGAGCCAUGAGUAACAGUAUGACAGAAGGACUUGGACAGCUGACGGAUGGCAUGUGUGGCCUCGAUGACUUCACACACAGUCACAUCUACAGUGUAUGGCCUGGUUAUGACUAUGUUGGCUGGACCAACGAGAGCUUUCCCAACGGUUAUGUUGAGAUCAUGUUUGAGUUUGACCGCACCCGCAACUUCACCACCAUGAAGGUGCACUGCAACAACAUGUUCUCCCGAAGGGUAAAGACUUUUCAGAAGGUGGUGUGUUAUUUCCGCUCCGAGUUGGACUGGGAAGCUACACCCAUAUCAUUCAGCCCUGUGAUGGAUGAUGUCAAUCCCAGUGCCCGCUUUGUCACCGUCUCGCUCUACAAUCACAUGGCCAGUGCUAUUAAGUGCCAGUUCUACUUUUCUGACAUCUGGAUGAUGUUCAGUGAGAUCACCUUCCAGUCAGAUACAGCCAUGUACAACACAACCCUGUCUCCCCCCAAGACCGGUCCUCCCAUCAGCAAUCAGCCAGGGGAUGACCCUACCCACAAAGUAGAUGACAGCAACACCCGGAUCCUGAUUGGCUGUUUGGUUGCCAUCAUCUUCAUUUUAGUAGCCAUUAUUGUUAUUAUACUGUGGAGACAAGUGUGGCAGAAGAUGCUCGAGAAGGUUUCUCGGAGGAUGCUGGAUGAUGAACUAACUGCUAGUUUGUCGAUACAGAGUGAGACCUUCACCUAUAACAACAACAACAGCCCCUCUUCAGUGUCCAGUGAGCAGGAGUCUAGCUCCACCUAUGAGCGCAUCUUCCCUCUGGGACCCGACUACCAAGAGCCCUCUCGCCUGGUUCGCAAACUGCCAGAGUUUUCCCAGACCUCAGAGGAUACUGCUUCAACAAAUACAUCUUCCAAGUCCCCUCCAGUCAGUGUACAAGAGGGGGUCCCACAUUAUGCCGAGGCAGACAUUGUCAACCUGCAGGGUGUAACUGGGGGCAAUACCUACGCAGUGCCCGCCCUCACCAUGGACCUGCUGUCAGGGAAGGAUGUCGCCGUGGAGGAAUUUCCUAGGAAACUGCUUACGCUUAAAGAAAAGUUGGGAGAAGGGCAGUUUGGAGAGGUGCAUUUGUGUGAAGCAGAAGGCAUGCAAGAUUUCAUGGAUGAGGACUUCUCCUUCGAUGUCAUUGAAAACCAAACAGUGCUUGUAGCUGUUAAAAUGCUUCGAACGGAUGCAAAUAAAAAUGCCAGGAAUGAUUUCUUGAAGGAGAUAAAGAUCAUGUCCCGAUUGAAAGACCCCAACAUCAUCAGACUGCUGGCGGUGUGUAUGAGCUCUGACCCUCUGUGUAUGAUCACUGAGUACAUGGAGAAUGGAGACCUUAAUCAGUUCCUGUCUCGCCAUGAGCCCGAGGGCAUGAUCGCUCUCCUCAGCAACGCUCCCACAGUCAGUUACAGUAACCUACACCACAUGGCCACACACAUUACUUCAGGCAUGAAGUAUCUAUCAUCACUCAACUUUGUGCAUCGAGACUUGGCCACCCGCAACUGCCUAGUAGGGAAGAACUUCACCAUCAAGAUUGCAGAUUUUGGAAUGAGUAGGAACCUGUAUAGCGGAGACUACUACCGUAUCCAGGGCAGAGCGGUGCUGCCAAUCCGCUGGAUGUCCUGGGAGAGCAUUCUUCUGGGGAAAUUCACCACAUCCAGUGAUGUGUGGGCUUUUGGCGUGACCCUUUGGGAGAUGCUUACCUUCUGCAAAGAGCAGCCUUACUCGCAGCUGUCAGAUGAACAGGUCAUUGAAAACACAGGAGAGUUCUUCCGGGAUCAAAGGAGACAGAUAUACCUGCCUCAGCCACCAAUGUGUCCAGACCCUGUCUACAAGCUCAUGUUGAGCUGCUGGCACAGAAACACCAAAGAGCGCCCAUCCUUCCAGGAGAUUCAUCACACAUUACUGGAUUGCAAGCCAUAGUGUCCACUUGUGUGCCAAUCUUGGCACUCCCAGAGACAGUUCAGUGUGCCCACAGGACUCCAGUCUAAUACACACCGCAACAUAUGUUCCCGUAUAUAAGUGAGAUCAGAGUCUAUCAUUUUUCUGUAGCAAUUUUCACUGUGAGUGUGCAAAGGCAAACUGAUAUAUAUAGUACGAUUGAAUUGCUCCCCCUAAGUGGCUUACGAUACCUGGGCACCACUAGGCCAAAGAAAAUGUAGCAAUGAAUUUAGGCACCUUUAACACAGAAGAAUUUAAUUUUACACACUGUGUUUUUUUUUUUUCAAAUAACUCUAUAAGUUAUAAAUAUCUAUAAGAAUAUUUCUGAUUAGAAAGAGGAAAUGCCAAAAAAACAAGGUAGUGGUUACUGAUGCGCCUUUUAUUAUGUCCAAUUUAAUGUUGUUUUCAGUAUUUUGAGGCCGAAGACAGCUUGAAUGUAAAUAAGAGUCCUUAAUUGACAUUCAGAUUCACCUUUGGUUUUAUCUCGAUGUCUCUUGACGUUGUGUAUAAUUUCAUCUCAUUUAUCGAAAAUGCUUAAGUAUUUUGUUAUUUGACAUAUUUAAUUUGGUCUUUGUAAUAAACUGCAAAGACAACUUUCAAACAAGUGGAUUAACAGAAAGCCAAUUUAUCUGGUUGUCACAGAAUUUUCUAAAUCAGAAAAAAUUCACUUAAAAUUGAAAAUGUAAAAAAUAUAUUAGUGUUAUCCUGCAACUACCUAUAUAUUGUGUUAAUAUUUAAGCCUACUGCAUUAUGCAAGUGUUUGCUUUUCUUUAUGUUGUAUUGUUUAAAGAAUCUUGGUAUGGUGGUUAUUUAAGUUCAUUUCAUUUGUGCUCCUUUUUUUUUUUUUUUUUUUUUUUGCUUAAAAUAACUUUUGCAUCAAGAAGCUUUCAGCAUAAUGAGCUAAGAAAGCCAUAAUUCUUUUACAGUAGUCUCUUACAAUAUUUGCAUGAAGUUGGAUGAAAUCAGAUAUGUUACAUAAUGAUAAUUUAACAUUUUCAUUGCAUUUGUCCUAUGUUUUCAUCUCAUCUCAAAUUAGACAGAAAGGGGGUAGUAAGUACAUUUAUUAUCCCCAGCUAAUUUUGUUUAUCUGUAAAAAAAAAAAUAUUAAAAUAGGCUUAUUUUAAAGCUAUUUGUUUUUCUUUUAAGUCAGAAUACAAUAUAUUCUAGGUGGUGCUGAAUUGCUAAAGUGUGGGAUAAAUACUGGAUUUGUAUUGAAUAGAUGCACUAUGAUGGUUUACAGUAAGUUGUGAUGUGUUGGCAAGUGAAAAGUGCUGCAAAUGGGAUACUCGGAAAUCUGUUUUGUAAUUAACUGGUGUACUUGUAAAUUGUUUUUUUUUCUUUCUUUCUUUUUUUUUUUUUUUUUUGUAAGGUCAUUGUAUAUGACCAUAUAUUUUUUUUUUUAUGUGUUCACUUUUCGGGGUUGGUUAAGAUAUCUGCCAGUCUAUAAGAAGUGUUUUUGGUUGUGGGUUUGGUAUUUUAGCUGUAAGUAUCAAUUAAUUUGAGUAUUCUUGACAUGACUGAUGAAGUUGCUUUAUAGAUAUGCUUUAAUUCUGAAAUGGUAUAUUAAAUGUUCUUCCUUCAAAACAUGAACAUAUAAAACAGUAACAGCCCUUUCUGAGGCUUUGAUUUUGUUUACAAAAACAUUCCACUUUAUAACACAUCUUUGGAGAGGAAAUGGAUAAUUUUCAUAUUCUGUACAUUGACAAUGGCUCAUCACAAUACAUGGAAAAACUGGAUUUUUUUUAUUCAUAGCAAAAUUUCUUUAAAGUGAUUCUUAUCCUUUCUAACCUAAUGCUUUGUGCUGUAUUUUUAAUUAGUCCUAAUUUUCCAUUAUCAGCCUAUUGUAUAGCUAUGUAAGGAAACUGUACAUAAAAUAAUAAAUUGAUGAAUCUUUAAACUUCUUGUCUAGAAAUUGUAUAACUAUAAAAGCACAAUUUCAUACUUUCACAGUAAUAAAACGUGUGUUUGUUAUUUGUAUAACGUUACGUGAAUUGGACAUUAAGUACAUCUUAGAAUGUAUCAAGACAUUUAACUUGUGUACUCUAAUAUUAGCUUUUUAAAUCGUUCUUUCGUGCAUUGGUUUUCUGUCGAAUAAAUAUGAACUGAAUCUUAAAACUGA